CCCCACGAACCUCACUUUACCGCUGUUACUGUAUCGCGGCUCAGUUCAAAGAUGGCGCCGGUUCGCAAAAGUGAGGAAGAAGUCGGCCAAAUCUGGGACAGAUGUUUCAUUGACACGAGUAUUAAGGCCGCGGGAGGGACGAUCAUUGGUUCCAUUUUCUCGGUGAUAUUUUUGAAGCGAGCUGCAUGGCCAAUCACUCUGGGUCUCGGUGCAGGCAUAGGAGCUGGCUACACCAACUGCCGCCAUCACUUAUGGUGGAAUAGGUUCCACCAUCACAGCAACCAUGGCCACUUUGGCCACAAACCUGGACACUCAUUUGGACACGCCCAUCCGCCGUUUUGGGGUCCCCCUGGGUUCAGGCGUGAAGGGGAGGAGAAGAGAUAUGAGAAGAAAACAUACAAGGAAAUGUCUCCUGUGAAUGAUUUCAAAGAUAAAGACCCUCCUACUCAACCCGACAAACCGGUUGAUGCCGGAAAUCACUGAUGAAUUAUCUCACAAUGCCCCUCCCACUACAUACUGUGCUGUAGGUGGAAAAGCCUUUUUUUGUGAGGGAGAAUCACAAAAGAAUUGUAGCUAGGUAUUAAUAAUUAAUUUAUAAAAGUGUAUGCAAAGUCAAAAACGAAAAAAAGGCAAAAAUUACAUGGUUUUCUUCAAAGCAAAUGUGAUCAUGUUCUUUUUUGACAAUAUAAGCUCAAAGUUCUAAUAAAGUUGUGAAAAAAAUUGUGGAUCUUUGAUCAAUAGCUGGAAGAAAAUACACAGACAUUUUUUGUGUGAUUAUAACAGCUUUAGCAUUCUUCUGGAGAUACAGAAGAAAUAGGGAGAAGUGAGAAUGAGGGAAUAGAGUGAGGAGUAUAACCAUUGCCAGAUCCAUCCUCAAUUUACUGAUACUCUCCAGAAAAGCUUGCAUGCUAAUAAUAAGCUGAUUCUUCACUCUUACUCUUGUCUGUACAUGUAAAUUUUCAUACUAAUUGAAAUAAUUCUAUUCAUAAUAUCUAAUUUGUGUAUGUUCAAUACAGAUACAUCAUAAGAGACAUUAAUAAAGAUAAAUAUUGUUGUGAA